CACGGCGUAAAGGAGAGUCUGUGGAAGGGACAUAACGGUUUUCUUUUCGGCCCCCCUCUCCACUCAGACAACAAGAACCAACAAAAACCUGAAUUUUAGAGGGGCUUACACAACCUUCUUCUGCUCUAAAGGAGGAGGGAAGCGAGGGAUUGAAGCAGCAAGUUCUUUUUUUUUCUUUUUCAUUUUUUUUUCUCUUUUUCUUAAAAGAGGAUUUUCUGUUUUCACGGUGGUUCGCUCUUCGCUCUCGCCGCAAAGAUGAUGGUCGGAGAGGUCGAAGUGAAGGAGCGACCGAGGCCGAGUCCGGACUAUUUGAUGCAAUUAUUAAACGAAAAGAAGCUCAUGACCAGUUUGCCAAAUCUCUGCGGGAUCUUCACGCACCUGGAGCGGCUCCUGGAUGAAGAGAUCAACAGAGUGCGUAAAGAUAUGUACAGUGACACAGUGAACGGCCUUGUGGACAGACACCCGCUGGAGCUGCCCGAACCCAUCGGACCCAUCGUUCACCUGCAGGAGAAACUGUUUGUGCCUGUCAAAGAGUACCCAGACUAUAACUUUGUGGGAAGAAUCCUCGGUCCCCGGGGACUCACUGCCAAACAGUUGGAAGCAGAGACGGGAUGCAAAAUUAUGGUGCGAGGAAAGAGCUCCAUGAGAGACAAGAAGAAGGAGGAGCAGAACAGAGGGAAGCCAAACUGGGAACACCUAAAUGAAGACCUUCACGUCCUAAUCACCGUUGAAGACACACAAAACAGAGCAGAGAUCAAGAUGAGGAGAGCAGUAGAGGAAGUCAAGAAGCUCCUCGUGCCUGCUGCUGAGGGUGAAGACAAUUUGAAGAAGAUGCAGCUGAUGGAGCUGGCUAUUCUCAACGGGACAUACAGAGACAACAAUGUCAAAACACCCCCCCUUGCGUUCUCUCUUGCAGCAGCGGCAGCGGCCGCUCAGGGCCCCCGCCUCAUAGCGGCCCCCGCGGGUCAGGUGUUGCCUCCCCAGGCACUCCGGCCCCCAACGCCGGCCGGGACCCCCAUCAUGAACCUCAUCCGGCCCACUCAGAUGGCCGCUAUGCUGCCCAACGGCACCCCCACCUUGGUGCCUCCCACACCAGACGGCGGACUAAUCUACACCACCCCUUACGAGUACCCCUACGCCUUGGCACCCACCUCGCUGCUGGAGUACCCCAUCGAGCACAGUGGGGUUCUAGGUAAGAGAGCCUGGGGGAGCUUGGGUACAGCGGCCAACUUUAGCCAGCCUGGACAGGAGGGCAGCUUGUUUUACCCCGGAGUCGGGGUGCUGGACGCAGCUACCAUGAGCCACAGUCAGGACUUGUUGAAAGGUGCAAUGGCUACUAAAGUGAGACGGCAUGACACGCGGGUCCAUCCUUACCAAAGGAUUGUGACCGCUGACAGAGCCGCCACCGGCAACUAACACAUGACCUUCUGACCUCUGAACUCUUCACCCAAUGACGAGCCGCCCCAAGCCUGCCUGCUGAUCAGUUAACUGGUAAUUGCCUUUUGCUAGCCUCUCGGACGCAAGUGGCAGAGAGAGAGGCGCCUGCCCAUACAGUUACCCUAACACGUUCUGACAAAAAGAUAGAAACCAACGCAGACUCUUCACUGAAACACAACAAAAAAAAACCAACACAGCUGUGGAUUAUUCAUUUUAUUUUUUUUUUUCCUCUGUUCAUUAGUUCAGUUCCCAUUCUUUCUCUUUCUUUUUCCUCAUGAAUCACGCACCGGGCGGAUCUGCUUGUGGUAUUACUCAUGAAUCUGCACUGAAUUAUAAAGCAAUAAAGAACCCCCGAACCCACCCGCCUUUAAUUACUCUGAUUAGGUGACCUCACUCGCUCUCCAUCUCCAGUCUGAGACGCAGACCGUUUUGGUUUCGAAGGGAUCACCCACAAAUUGCCCCAGAACCUUCCUUUAGCAACACCCUACCUGCCCCGCCCGCCCCUCAGACCCGUCUGCCGCAACGGAGAAAGAAACGGAAGGAACGGGAACAUUCACUUGCAUUAACAUGUUUAAUUUCUGUCAUUUUUUUUACCAACCUCCUCCCCCCCAAACAUGUAUUUCAGUUGUUGAGCUUGUAAUUAUGAGCUGACACAUUCUGGGUGUGCCCCUCUAAAUGGCUUCCUGUCCGUUUAUUUUUUUUAAAGCAUGGCUAAAAUGAUUGCAAAAAGAGCUUUUUUUAUGAUUUAUGUUUUUUUCCCUGUCUUGAUUUAAUGCUUUUCUUUUUUUUUUCCACUUUUAUUGUUUUUAAUUUUUCAGUUCAGAUUGAACUAAUUAGCUUCAGUCACUGAAACAAAGCAGGUGGUUAUCUCUGGAAGUCAGAACAGAGUUUUAGCGUUUGAGGCUGAAAACGUAAGGCGUGAUGGGAGGGGUUAGUUUGGGUUGAUGGGUUUGUGUGCGUGUGUGUGUGUGUUUUUGAUUAAUACUACAGCGAACGUGGGGUGAGGCUUCGGGGACGUGGGCCCCAUCCACACUACAUCCACUAUCCAGUGCCUGAUGUAUUUAGAAGAAUAUCUCGAUGAGUUAGCUGAGCUGUGAUCACAACAAUUAAAACAAAAAAAAGUAUUGUGUGCAUAUUUAGCCAAAGGGUUUUCAGUGACUAAUAUAUCUGCAGUUAUGCAUCUGUUUGGCAGAGGGCUCUCUUUGUGAUUUUUAGUUUGGGUGCCUGCCUUCAGCUGAAACAGGAGUUUUACCCUUUCCCGCUCAGUUUUAUUUGUUCUUAUUUUCCUGAGGUCAAAACAGGCAAUUAACACUAAAAUUACAUGCUUCUCGAUUAUAGUGAAGUGCCAGGGGAAAAGACACUCAUGACAAGCAAGGGGUUUAUUGUUUUUGUUUGUUGUUUUUUUGGCCAAUUUCUGCAGAUUUAUUCCUACUACAGUGGAUUUGUUUUCUCCUUUUUUUCCGUUUAGUUUUAAUUUUUGUCCUCUGUGUUAUGUGUGUGUAAGUUGGGGCAUGAGGUCGACAUAAUCCUGACCUUUCUGCAUAUUAUUCUUUUAAUUAUUUUACUAAUGAAACCUAACAUAUGCCAAACCAUCCAUAAGUGCAUCCACAAUGUGUCACACCUCCCUCUGAUGGUAGUCCAGCUUCUGAGCCCACGAUCCUUUGUUUAAUCUCAAGAAAAAAUAGGAUGUGAAAGCCAUGCCUGCCUGUUCAAAUUGCUUUAUACAUACGUCUUAUAUAUAUAUAUCUAUAAAUAUCUAUAAAUAUAUAAAAAUGUAGAUAUCUGUCAAUGCAUAUAAAAAUACAGAUGAGAACAAAAAAUAGAUAAUUUUACAGGGUGCUGGAGAUGAUAAAAAAUCAAUCUAUUUUUGGCAAUUUUAGCUUUUGAUACUUUACUUGCAGUUAUAAAAUAAUAAUAAUAAAAAAAAUUAACAAAAAAUUUUUCCGACGGAGGAAAACUGAAUGCGAGUGGGUGAGGAAAAGUUGCCUGGAAUCUAAUUGGAAAAAGGAAAGACUAAAGCAGUCAGAACCAUGGGAGAUCAGAGCGAGACAGGAUCAAAUCAAAGUGCCUUAUCAACAGUGGUUUCUGUUUUUUAGUAUUCCAGUUGUGUUUUAAAAUAAAACAAAUAAUAAAAAAAAACAAAAGAGGAUAUCCAGCACCCACCAAGAUGGCGCAGAGAGGAACGGCAAGUGUUACACACUCAGAAAAAGUCGAGCUGGGCCUCCGCCGCCGUACCGUGGCGCCGCCCAAGUUACUCUAUGCAAAAAGAAUAGCAGUCGUUUUGACCAGCUAAAAUAUGUGCCAUGGUUUUUGUCUUCCUGAAAAUGAUUUUAAGUAUUUCUUUUCCUUCACUUGAUGGCCCUUUACUCUGCUGUACGAGCAGAUCAAUCUCUUUUAAUUUAGAUUUUAUUGAUGAUAUGAAUUAUUGUCUUUUUAAAAAAUUUUUUUUACUUUGUAUCUUGAACAAAUUGAACUGCCAUUAGCAACCAAGUAGUCUGCCAUGAGAUGCUGUGAUGAUGAGCUGAGAAAAAUACGCAGCGUUCAGGGAAACGAACGGGAAAGUGUUUGUUUUAACAGCGUCAUCCGGUCCACAUAUCUCUGUGUCAAUUUGACAACAAACUAUCAGUACAGUAAUGAGAUUUCUAAUGGACAAAGGAAGCGCUGGGUAAUGAAACAAGCACCUGCUUCACAGUCAGAUAGUUUCCAGUUAUUGAAACGACUGACAGCUUAUUGCUGAAAGGUGAAAAGAAAAAUUAAAUUGAGAAAUUCUUGGAUCCAGCAGAGCCGUCGGCAGUCUGUUUUCACUUUCUCGCUGUUACACCAAAAGGUCAAUGAAUUAUUAUUAUUCUCUUUUUUGUUUUCUACUUCAGUGUUAUUAUUUUAAAUUGAAAUGCAAUAUUAAAGUGGAGAAAGAGAUGGCAAAUCAGCAUCUGACAGUAUUAAGAAAAUCCCCUCUGCAAUGUUCCACCAUGCUGUGUCAUUGUGAAAGGCUGGAUAAGUCCAUCAGGUGAAAGGUUGACUCUAUACCUACCGUAUUCUCUCUGGCCUGCCUACUACAUGUAUGAUAAUGUAAUUAACAGCCAUUGUUACAGGUUUAUAAUGUAUUUUUCUAAUCUCAUUUUAUAUGUAUAUUAAUCAUGUUUCUGAGUGUUUUUUUUCUUAAUUUUUAUGAAACCCACAGCUCCCCCUGCCCUCCCACCACCUCUUCUCCAUCUCAACCUGUCUCCUGUGGGGAGUUUUGCCUUCUUCUGUUAGAUUUUUGUUUUUCUUGCCAACUCCCAGCUUGUUUAACUCAUUAGCGACUUUAUUAGUUUCCUUGUCAUAAGUAUUUUUACAUGCUUGCAUUUAGUUUUCAUGGUGUAUGCUGUUAUUUUUCUUAUUAACCUCUUGGCAUUUAUUUUAAUAAAACAUUCUUAGUAAGAAUUUUA